AUGGCUACAUCUCACUGCUUAGAGAACCCCAAUCAACUUGCAAACAGUGAGACUUCAUUGCAGCUUAAUGAUGCGGUACAUCGUUCUUUACCAGAUGAGGCAGCCACAGAUACCUGCAAGUCCCAGUGGAUAGUACAAUUCGAAGACGGCGAUCAAAGUAACCCGAAACAUUUCAAGCCGAUAUGGAAAGCUUUCCUCACUUUUCAGAUGAGCCUUUUGGCUCUUACCGGGUCAAUGGGGUCCUCAAUUAUGGCUCCUGCUCAGUCAAAAAUUGCGUCGGAAAUGCACAUAGCACUGGAGGCGACGACCUUGACAGUGGCUUUGUUUGUUCUCGGUUGGGCGUUGGGCCCCAUGAUAUGGGCACCAAUUAGUGAGUUCUGGGGUCGACGCUGGGGUAUUCUUCCUGGUGUAUUCAUUUUCGGGCUCUUUACCAUUGGCAGUGCAACAAGCAAAAGUCCUGCUAGUCUUUUCAUAACACGUUUUUUUGGCGGUAUUUUUGCUUCGGCCCCUAUCAGCAAUGUACCAGCAGCCCUCGGUGAUAUAUACGAACCCCGAAGUCGUGGUAUAGCAAUGGCAUUUGUGUCGCUGUGCAUUGUGGGUGGCCCAACGGUAGGGCCAGUUAUUGGCGCUGCUCUCACAGUAAGCUCACAACUCGGAUGGCGCUGGACAGGAUACAUUGAAGCUAUCUUUAUCUUCAGCGUGUUUGCUCUCAGCUGUUUUACUCUGCCUGAGACGUAUCCGCCAGUGCUGCUAAAAAGAAAGGCUCGCCUUUUGAGAAAGUCCACUGGUGAUACAAGACAUUGGCAUCCUCUGGAAGAAGAGCGAAUUGAUAGGAGUACUCUACAUAAAUAUGUUAGCCGACCGAUUCGUAUGUUUUUCACGGAGCCAAUGCUACUUUUCGUCGCUAUUUACGCUUCAUUCACCUAUUCUCUCGUCUACCUUACCUUGGAAGUAUUUCCCAUCGUCUUUAAUGAGCAACGAAAAUAUCCUCUGGUGGUUUCGAUGCUGCCGUUUUUCGGAAUUCUUGUGGGCGUCAUUUGUGCUUUGAUCAUCAAUUUUAUGAACCAGCCACGAUAUGCUAGGGCUGUGAAGAAAAACAAUGGCAAAGCCGUACCAGAAGCACGGCUACCACCAAUGAUUAUAGGCGGCGUAUCGCUUUCUGCAGGCUUAUUCUGGUUUGGUUGGACGGCCGAUCCGAAGUACACGUGGGCAUUACCAACUGUGGCAUCAGCUUUCAUUGGCGCCGGCUUCAAUAUCGUAUUUCAACAGUGUCUUAACUUCUUGGUAGACACUUAUGGGUUGUAUGCGGCCAGUGCGGUCUCAGCCAACACGAUGCUACGGUCAUUGUUUGCAUUUGGCCUUCCUAUGGCAGCAAGACCAAUGUUUCAAAAUCUAGGAGUCGGUCCCGCAGCAAGCUUGCUAGGCGGGAUUUCUUGUCUUGCUCUGCCCGUGCCAUUUGCUCUAUUAAGGUAUGGUGCUAUUCUGAGGAAACGUUCAGAGUUUGUACCAGGAACAAAAGCAUAA